CUGGCCGCUGGCAAACGAAUGGAACCACGAAGCCAGAUUCGAGGAUUGUUGCAACACGUCAAACCCUCUUCUUCAACGAAAUCACCCGGCUACUUCUACCUGUAAUCUGGACGUCGUAUACAUAUACAUACAACCAUCCAACUAUACUUCCCUCUCAUCUUCUCUCCACGUCUAAGCUCGCGUGAACGACUACUGAUCACCCCACCGUCAACAUUACACUGUGGCCUACUGUUUUUCGCGAACAGAAAAACCCGAUACCCUUCCCCAAAUCACGACCUGUUACCUACAGACGCCUAGGCAAGCAUUCCCAAGGGCUCGCCUUGUCUGUCCGACACCUCCGGCGCUACCUCGACACCUGCUACAUCUACGUUUUGGUCUUCAGUUCUACGAUAUGUCGAAUCGAAAUCGUCGCAUUGCAAAGGAAAUUGCCGACAUUCAAAACGACAGACAUUCACAAAUAGAAGCCGGACCUGCUGGCAAUGGGGACGAUAUGACCCAUCUGACUGGGUCGUUUCCUGGGCCGCCAGAUACUCCUUACGAAGGUGGCACAUAUGUAGUCGAUAUCAAGAUACCGACUGACUAUCCGUUUCGCCCACCACUCAUGCGGUUCACAACUAAGAUUUGGCAUCCUAAUGUCAGCAGCCAAACGGGUGCAAUCUGCCUCGAUACUCUCUCCUCCCAGUGGUCUCCAGUCCUCACAGUCAAGUCCGCCCUCAUAUCACUACAGUCAUUACUCAGUACACCAGAGCCAAAAGACCCCCAAGACGCCGAGGUCGCCGCGAUGCUUAUCAGACAGCCAGAAGAGUUCAAACAUAAGGCAAUGGAAUGGGCUGUGAAGUACGCAGGUGCAUCUCGCAAAGAGCAAGGUGAAGGCAGCGGUGGUGCCACGGCUGAAUCUAUCAGGCGCAAAGCAGCACAGGCGAAAGAAAAUGAGGAGAAGGCGAGGCUGGAAGCAUAUCAUGGGUACAACAAGCAACUGAUCGACCGAUUUGUGGACAUGGGUUUCGACGUACCUGCAGUGGUGUCUGCUUUUGAAUAUUUAGAGAUCGACAAGAACAAUGGGGAAGAUUAUGAGCUGGAAGAGGCGUACAUGGGCGAUAUCACUGCACGACUAUUUGGCGAAGCAUGAGAUUUCAGCGAACGGAGUAUCAUCUUUGCUUAGCGCUGUUAGGUCACAUUCCAAAGGAUCAUAACUUUUUUACUCUGAUUAUGGGGGCAAAGUCCUCAGGUGGAUAUGGCGUUUUUGGGGUGUGGCAAAUAGCAUACCAGCUGCCAAAUUGUUCACAUCUGACGACCUGGCACUUCUCAAGCCGUAUUGAUAUCAAGCAUUGGAUCUUACCUAGGUAUGUAGCUUAGACUUAGCCGCACGAACAAAGCUUGGCUACAUUAGUACCAUAUACAUCGUAUAAUACAUCGUAUAGGAUAGAAUAGUCUGAAUAUACCCCUUAUCACAGCC